AUGUCUGCCGAACAGCAAGCAGCGGAAUCAUCGGAGGCAACGACGCAAGCGCAGGGCUUCAUUGUACCCGACGGCGACGUUGCCUCGUUGCUGGGCGGCACGGCCCCAUCCGAUGGAGGCUAUGAGACGGACACGGAAUCGAACGCCACUACAUCAAUCGCGUCGUCGGUGCGAGACUUCUUGUACGAAAAUGGGCGAAGGUAUCAUCGGUUUCGAGAAGGACUGUACAACUUUCCCAACGACGAGGUCGAACAGGAACGAGAGGACAUGAAGCAUGCGAUGGUGAAGCUGCUGUUCAGCCAAAGACUCCACUUUGCGCCCAUCUCAGACAGCUCGCAGCAGAUGCUGGAUAUUGGGACGGGAACAGGCGCGUGGGCCAUCGAGAUGGGCGACAAGUAUCCUAGCUCGACGGUGCUCGGGGUGGAUCUCAGUCCUAUUCAACCAGAUUGGGUGCCGCCUAAUGUCAAGUUCGAGGUCGAUGAUGUUGAGAGCUCGUGGCUGUAUCCGACCAACCACUUCGAUUACAUCCAUUCUCGUCACACCGUCGUGGCGAUCAAAGACUGGAAGACUCUGUUCCAGAGGUCGAUGGAACAUCUCAAACCAGGAGGAUGGAUCGAAUUGCAGGAAAUGCAUCACUUCCCAGCUUCUGCAAACAAUUCGCUGUCGGCGAAACACCCAGUGGCGGAGUACUGGGGCUUGGUGGGCGAAGGACUUAUGGAACUCGGAGUCGACUUGGAACUGGCGGCAGGGGACCAGUUGGCCAGCAUGAUGCGAGAUGCAGGCUUCGUCAACGUGACGGAGAGAGUGUUCCACGUGCCGAUAGGGACAUGGCCGCGGAAUCGGGUGCUCAAGACGGUGGGGAUGUACUGGCGGACCAUCCUGCUGGACGGGCUUCAGGCUAUUGCUCUGGGGCCCUUCACUCGGGGAUUGCACUGGUCGGUCGAGCAGACGGAGCUUUUCCUCGUCGACGUGAGGAAGGCGUAUCAUGAUAAUUCGGUGUUGAUGUAUAUGCCGUUGAAGGUGGUGUACGCGCAGAAGCCGCCAGCUACAUAG